UUUUGAACACGUGUAAAGCAGAAAUUAAAAAACAAAACGAAAAAUCGCAAGAAGUUGAUUGAACGUAGUAAUCUUAUCUGUGGUUGUUCUUUAAAAUCAAAAAAUUGACUACGCUUGCUUUGCAAGAUCUACUUUCGAAUAGUGUCAAAGACCUGACACUUCACCAGUAAGGAGCCAGGCAUAGCACAGCCAUGCAUCGAGCAAGGGUAGUUUUUAACAUCUCCAACAAAGUUGGCAACACAGAGAGAUUUGCAUCAUGGCUCCUCAACAAACCACAGACCGCCGCUGUGACAGUAAACGCCAACAGGCUGAAAAGUUCUACAGCGGCAGAGCCCUUCCUCAACGGGUCCAGCUCGGCGUACGUCGAGACCAUGUACAACUCGUGGUUGUCUGACCCUAACUCCGUACAUGCCUCCUGGGACGCGUUUUUCCGCAACGCGACCGCGGGCGCAGCCCCGGGCGCCGCCUACACUUCACCACCUAACCUGGCGCCCUACAACAAAAACGAGAUGCCCCUCAGUGCCCUAGUGCCUGCGUCCGGCGGCAUGCCUUCCAUAUCUGCUGGUUCCCCAAUCAACGAAAAGAUCAUCGACGACCAUCUGGCUGUCCAGGCAAUCAUCAGGAGUUACCAGAUCCGAGGACAUCAUAUAGCGAAUCUCGACCCGUUGGAAAUUUCGAACGCCGACCUGGGCGGUAAAAACCCGAGGGAGGUCAUACACAACAGUUACCGGUUCGAUGAAGCUGACAUGGACAGGGUGUUCAAACUGCCCUCUACCACUUUUAUCGGAGAGAAGGAGAAGGCACUUCCCCUCAGGGAAAUCCUGUACCGCCUCGAGCAAGCGUACUGCAACAACAUCGGAAUCGAGUUCAUGUUCAUCAACUCCCUGGAGCAAUGCAACUGGAUCCGGCAGCGCAUGGAGCCCCCGGAUGUCACCAAAAUGAGCAACGACCAGAAGAGACUCAUCCUCGCACGUCUCACUCGAUCCGCCGGAUUCGAGAACUUCCUCGCGAAGAAGUGGUCUUCAGAGAAGCGCUUCGGUCUCGAGGGCUGCGAGAUCCUCAUUCCUGCUAUGAAGCAGGUCAUCGAUGUGUCCACGAAGCUUGGUGUGGAAUCUAUCAUCAUGGGCAUGCCCCACAGAGGUCGCCUCAACGUAUUGGCGAACGUGUGCCGCAAGCCUCUGCAUCAGCUGUUCACCCAGUUCGCCGGUCUCGAAGCUGAAGAUGACGGCUCCGGUGACGUCAAAUACCACUUGGGCACCUACAUCGAGCGCCUGAACCGCGUCACCAACAAGAACAUCCGCCUCGCCGUCUGCGCCAACCCGUCGCAUCUCGAGGCCGUCGACCCCGUCGUGCAGGGCAAGACUCGCGCCGAGCAGUUCUACCGCGGCGAUAACGAGGGCAAAAAGGUGAUGUCCAUCCUGCUCCACGGUGACGCGGCGUUCGCCGGACAGGGCGUGGUGUUCGAGACCAUGCACUUGUCGGACCUGCCCGCCUACACCACGCACGGCACCGUCCACAUCGUCGCCAACAACCAGAUCGGCUUCACCACCGACCCUCGCCACUCGCGCUCCUCCGCCUACUGCACAGACGUGGCCCGCGUAGUGAACGCGCCGAUCUUCCACGUGAACGGCGACAACCCCGAGGCCGUCAUGCACGUGUGCAACGUGGCGGCCGAGUGGCGCGCCACCUUCCACAAGGACGUCGUCAUCGACAUCGUCAGCUACCGCCGCAACGGCCACAACGAGGUCGACGAGCCCAUGUUCACACAACCCCUCAUGUACCAGAAGAUCAGGAACACUAAGCCUGUGCUGGACAAAUACGCCGCCCAGCUCAUCGCUGAAGGCGUCGUGACCGCCGAAGAAGUGAAGGACGUGCGCGACAAGUACGAGAAGAUCUGCGAGGACGCCUACAACCAGGCCAAACAGGAGACUCACAUCAAGUACAAGGACUGGCUCGACUCGCCCUGGUCCGGAUUCUUCGAGGGCAAGGACCCGCUGAAGAUGUCCCCGACCGGCGUUGUAGAGGAAACCCUCGUCCACAUCGGCAAGCGUUUCUCUGCGCCUCCCCCGAACGCGGCCGAGUUCGAGAUCCACAAGGGCCUGCUCCGUAUCCUCAAGUCGCGUAUGGAGAUGGUCGAGAACCGAACCGUCGACUGGGCUCUAGCUGAGGCCAUGGCGUUUGGUUCCCUCUUGAAGGAGGGCAUCCACGUCAGACUGUCCGGAGAGGACGUAGAGCGUGGCACCUUCUCGCAUAGGCAUCACGUGCUGCACCACCAGAAGGUGGACAAGGCGACGUACUGCCCGCUGGCGCACCUGUACCCCGACCAGGCGCCCUACACCGUGUGCAACAGCUCGCUGUCUGAAUACGGCGUGCUCGGCUUCGAAGUAGGCUACUCCGUGACCAACCCCAACGCCCUGGUUCUAUGGGAGGCGCAGUUCGGCGACUUCAACAACGUGGCCCAGUGCAUCAUCGACCAGUUCAUCUCGUCCGGGCAGGCCAAGUGGGUCCGCCAGUCCGGCAUUGUGCUGUUACAGCCACACGGCAUGGAGGGCAUGGGCCCCGAGCACUCGUCGGCGCGCCUGGAGCGCUUCCUGCAGAUGAGCUCCGACGACCCCGACUACAUGCCGCCCGAGAGCAACGACUACGAGGUGCGCCAACUGCACGACUGCAACUGGAUCGUCGCCAACUGCUCGACGCCAGCGUCCCUGUUCCACAUCCUGCGGCGGCAGAUCGCGCUGCCGUUCCGCAAGCCGCUCAUCAUCAUGACGCCCAAGUCCCUGCUGCGCCACCCCGAGUGCAAGAGCUCCUUCGAUGACAUGAAGGAGGGCACCAGCUUCAGGAGGGUGAUCCCAGAAGAAGGCCCCGCUUCAAAGAACCCCAGCGGCGUGAAGAAGCUGGCCUUCUGCACCGGCCGCGUUUAUUACGACCUCAUUAAGGAGCGCCGCGAGAAGGGACUCGAAAAUGAUAUUGCCAUUUGCAGGCUGGAGCAAAUCUCGCCGUUCCCAUACGACCUGAUCAAGGCGGAGGCCGCCAAGUACAGCAGCGCGCAGCUGGUGUGGUCGCAGGAGGAGCACAAGAACAUGGGCUCCUGGAGCUACAUCGAGCCGCGCUUCCGCACGCUGCUGCAGAACCAGCGCUCCAUCAGUUACAACGGGCGCCCGACCGCCGCGUCCGCCACGGGCUCCAAGGCGGCCCACAACAAGGAGCUCAAGAGCCUGCUCAACGAGUUCUGCGAGUUAUAAAUACCAACUUGAUACCAUAUUGCCAACUUUGAAUCUAUACGACGGUAGGUGCGCCACUUUCAAACAUAACCGUUCUUUACCUUUGACUGCCAAAUACGUGGACUGACGCGCGCUGCAGCCCAGUAUCAACCUUCGUGCAUUAAGACAAGGUUCACAAUUACUAUAUCAUUAUUUUAGCUAUCUAGUUUUCGUAGUCUUAUAUAAUCAUGGUACGACUCGAACUGAUCGAACUGACUGAUCGAAGUGCAAUUCACACGCCAAUAAGAACGAGCAUAUCGCUUUAAAACACGACUUGUAGUGAAUUUGUACAAUUUUAAACAUCAGAAUAGCGAGCGAAAAUGAACCUUAAUUACUCGCGCCGAGAGCAGAAAUUACCUUACUCACCGCGAGAAAAAACAUAAAAAUCGUGUCAACUAAAUCCGCGUGGUAACAAUUCGGGUGAUGUGUGUUUGAAAGUGGUAAAUAUACCGUAAUCGAGGGAAAAACUUGAGCCGAAAGCGACCGCGAACUGUUAUUUCACCGAAUCUUAUUGUCUAAAUUGUAUUAAUUCAUAGGCAUUAUUUUUAAAACGAAAUUAUCGACUGGGUUGUUUUUCUGUCAUUCUGUUACUCGUCAGUAUUUUGGUGUAAUUCUCCACGAUUAGGUAGGAUAGUUAGAUAAAUUCUAAUUUAUUUAUUUAAUGUAGCUUAACGAGACAUGUAGGUUUUACUAUUUAUUUUUAUAAUAAAAGCAAUAAUGCUUAUCGUCUCCACUGUGUUAAUUUAAAUUUAAAUUUACAUUAUUCAAUGUAGCCAUUUGACAGUAUGUACAUAAAUCUAUUAAAAUUUUAUUUUUUGUAUGAUUUUACAAAUAUCAGUUCUAACGGGUUAACCAUAAUACGUUCCUUAUGCUAGUCCGAAACGUCAUCUGUUUAUGUAAUAUUAGGACGCACUUACGAUAUUAUAUACAAGAUAUUACCUAUAUAUUAGCUAGUAUUACUAAUUAAUGAAACCCCGCACUAUUACCGAAAAAUGCACAGUAGGAUAAUAAUGGAUAAUUUAGACUCACCGACAUGGUUUGGCAUUCUACUCCACUCAACGAGUGUGAUUCUUAUAAUAAAGACGGCGGCUUACUUUGACGCGCGAGCACGCUACUCAUAUCAUUUUAAUGCUCUUUGCACUAAAAGCAUAUUAAUUAUAAAUUGUACUAUUAGCCUCACUUAUUUUUAGUGCUCCCUACAAAACUUUGUUCACGAAGCACUUAUGGGAACACUUCGGUCUUUCAAAUCGGUUAAAUGCGUUUUUUUAAAUGAUGAUCAUAUGAAACUAAUGCGUUUGUCAUUGAUCGUCCGUUUUACGGUUACUAACUAUAAUGAGUACAAUUUUAAAUGAAAACGCUGUUUAGAACGAAGAUACCAUCCAUCACGUUCUAACUAUCAAUUUUUCGUGGCUCGCACGUAUCGUGUGUUGCAGUAGGCCGCCGCUUUUAAAUACGGAUGAAUUUUAACAGCAUAUUUAUCCCUCGUUGAUCGGUCUAUCGCGCUGUAUAUACGCUAGUAGUUACCACUGUCGGCUUGUAAGGAAAAACACCAAUCCUAUCUUGUACAAAACCUACUAUAUCUCGUAUUUCGAGUUUAAUGUAUCUAUUACCUAAUCUCUACGUAGAAUUAACGUAUUUCACUGAUAGAGGAAUGUUCUCGCCUCAAGCAAAGAGUUAUUCAUUUUAAUAUCCCCCUAUGUCCAGUAAUACAAGAGAAAAAUUUAAAAUUUGCCAGUGAAAUUUGAACCUAUAGCGUAGGAAAUAGAGUUGAUUUUUUUUGUUUGAAAGUUAUACUAAACAAAAGAAAUGCAAUUCUUUUCCAUUUGAAAAUGAUUCAAAUUUCAUAAUAAGUACUGUACGUAGGAUCUUGAGCCUUGGAAGGGUAGAGAAAAGUCUAAGAAUUAAACAUAGCUGCCACACAGCAAAAAGAGAUGGCGCUGUACUAUGCAUGUUUUGUGGUCAUUGAAUUGACAAACGUCAACUUUUGACAACAAAUAAUUUACGGAACCGGUCAGCGCCAUCUUGUUUUAGCUGUCAAAUCCGAAGCACGGAAUCGCCUUGGACUUGGAUGACCUCCCAGAGUGGUUGCAAUUUUGAAUUUGAAACCUUUUAUUCCUAGUUCAAAAUUCGAUUUCGUCUUUUUACAAAGACGUUGGGACUUACACAAUGAAUGAAUCUUUGCCUCAAGUAUUAUGGCUACGUCAGUGAAAUUGUAGUCAUAUUUUGAUUGGCUUUAUAUUAUUAGCGUUUUAGAUGCACCGUUAUUGUUUAAUUUUGAUGUUCUGUAUUUGAAAUGCUCAGAGAAUGGAGAGUGGCAGGUAUUUUGUGAAGGUAUGGGUGCAAGGUCUGUGGAAGGAAACUGAGCCUCUUUAUUGCUAUGUUAGUUUGAACAAGUUAAUUUACAAAUAAAUAUAUAUUAAAUAA